UUUUGUGGCAGUGUUUAUUCUGACUUUAAAAUUGUGCGUGUGUGAUAGAAACUCUGAGUUUUCUGACUUUAUCUUGAAAACCAACUUACAAAUCGAGUCGGAAUGUAAGACAAUCCCUGCGUUUAAUAAUGGGAUUUAUAUCACUUACCAAGGAAAAUUGCCAACAGCCUGUGAUUUCGUGCAAUUUUGCAACACUACAAUGUGUCUACUCUCUAAUUCCCGCCAAUGAGUUUAUUGGCGGCUGACAAGUUUCCCUUGUCGGUUAUGGAAUAUAUUACUGGAACUAUUCGAAUUUGGAACACGAAAAAACUUAAAAAGUUGAAUUUUGUGUCAAAUCUGGACCUGGCUUCUUAUUAUGAAACCAAAUUAUCCGUUGGGAAUAAAGAUCAUACAUUCCCUGCAAAUAGAAAAAUCAAUGGAUUAUAUGACGACCUCUAUGCAAACGGGUUUAUGAUAGGACGAGAUAUGUGCCGCCAAAGGAAUGGGACGAUCACUUCAUACGAACUAACAGGUCAUCUCCCAAUUAUGUGUGAAGUGAUAGAUAUGUGCAGCCAGCAUAACUGUUUAAAGCUAAGAGGCGCAAGUUUAAUUGCUUCACAAUUUUUCACCAAAGGAAAGCAUCAAAUUCCAGUAAGGCACAAAAAUUUGGGGGCGUGCUACAUAUUGGAAAAAGAUAGUCUGUCCGAACAAAGAAAUUAUACUCGAAAGCGUGCUGCGAUUCUAGUGGAGUCUAAACCUAAACCACGAGAAAAUUAUGAUGGCUUGUCGUUCAAUCUUCCCGGUUAUAGAUACUGUGGACCAGGGACGGACGUGGAGAAGAUGGACGAUCUCGGGGGACCUAUUAAUUCAUUAGAUGCGGCAUGUCGUCAACAUGAUGUGGAUUACCUGCUUGGAAGGGAUCCCUUGGCAGCAGACCAAAAACUUUUGAAAUCUGUUCAAUGGCAUCGUCCAGAUCUCGCUCCAAUUUUUGUGACGGCCAUGGAAGCAAAGCGUCAAUUUGAAAACUAUUUUGGGAAACACUACACAUCCUUUUUGUAUUAUUACCCAACUACGUUCCAGCCAAGCAUUGUGUUUACAUUUGCUCAACACUCGGACUUUGAUAGCAUAAAACUUACCAGUAAGGAGGCUGCCAGUGCAUUUAUUAAAGUCAAUGAAAUCGAAAAUAAAUGGAUGACACUUCUUGAAGAAGUGUGGUUAGGGAGUUGCUACACACUCUCUCCAUCGCUGGCUGAAGAAUUUAAGCUGGAUGUCCACAAAAUUUAUUUUCCCGAUGACAGAAACAAGCCUGGGAAUAGUAAACCGCUUGAAGAUGGAGGAGAUGACAACCGUCGUGAAGGAGAUCAAUCUGCAUCACUCGGUCCAUCCGGUCCGGAACACCCACCCGGACACCAUAUACCUUCUAUCCCACCUUUACUGGAACCUGAGGACCCUGACGGAACUGGAGCGUCCACAUCAAACUCCCCAACUGAUUACCCUUUGGCCCCGUACAAAAGUGGGUGCAGAAUUAUUAUAAACGAGGUCGCCAUGCAAAAUUCAGAAAAUCGAAACUCUUUCAUCGAGCAUAAAAGAAUUUGUCCUCAAGGGGCUUACCAGCCAAAAUCUACUUCGCUUUCUGGAUUUAUAGAAGUCGUGCUUGAGGCUGGGCAUACAAUUAAUCUAGUAAUGUUAGCAAACUUCAAAAAUUAUGCACUUUCAAGUGUUAUUGAGCCUCAUGGUGGAACAGGAACAGGGCCAAGGGAUGUUCGAAGAUUUUAUUUUGUUGUGGGAAAUGAAGAAAUUGGGAGUGAUAUGAAAUAUACCGAAACACAGAGAGCCACAGAUUUUGAAAAUGGAAUGCCUAGUGCACAAGAUAAAACGUAUUGCGUUGUUCUUCUUAAAACACACCAUUUAACAAGUGUACCCGAGUUGGAUUUAGAGAAAAUUGGGGACUCUUAUACACCUACUCCACUAUCUGAUGAGGCUAUGACUUUUAUCCAAGAUUACGUGCAGGAUGUGUUAAUUAUUGGACCCCCUUGUUCAGAGGAUUUAUGUGGAUUUUUCUUUGACCUUAUCAAACGUCGAGAGCUAGUAAUAAGAGAUAUAUAACAGCAUUUACCAAUUCCCGAUAUUCCAAGUGA